AUGAGUGGGAUUCUGAAGAGGAAGUUUGAGGAGGUGGAGGGAGCGUCUCCGUGCUCGUCUCUGCGGGAGUCUGAGGAGGAGGAGAUCUCCAGCACUGAGAGCGGAGACAGCAGCGACAGCGUCAACCCGUCGGCUUCACACUUCACACACUCCACAGCAGUGGCAGCAUCAGUGCAGACACACACGCUGCAGCGCACAGCUUCCUCCAUCCUGAAGCGGGAGAAGCGCAUGAGGACGCGGCGGGUGCACUUCGAGAAGGUGACGGUGUAUUACUUCAGCCGGCGGCAGGGCUUCACCAGCGUGCCCAGUCAGGGUGGCAGCACUCUGGGCAUGUCCAGCAGACACAGCUGCAUCCGCCAGUACACACUGGGAGAGUUCGCCAUGGAGCAGGAGAGGAUCCACAGAGACAUGCUGAGAGACCACCUGAAGGAGGAGAAGCUUAACUCCAUACGCCUGCGGUUGACGAAGAACGGCUCCAUGGAGUCUGAGGAGGCGAACGCUCUGACGCUGGACGACAUCUCUGACGAUGACCUGGACAUUGAUAACACAGAGGUGGACGAGUAUUUCUUCCUCCAGCCACUGACCACUAAGAAGCGUCGCGCUCUGCUGCGCUCGUCCGGAGUCAAGAAGAUCGAUGUGGAGGAGAAACACGAGCUGCGGGCCAUCAGGGUGUCCAGAGAAGACUGCGGCUGUGAUUGUAGACUCUUCUGUGACCCCGAAACCUGCACAUGCAGCCUCGCCGGCAUCAAGUGUCAGGUGGACCGAAUGUCUUUCCCUUGCGGCUGCACGAAAGAGGGCUGCAGCAACGCAGCCGGCAGGAUUGAGUUCAAUCCCAUCCGAGUGCGGACUCACUUCCUGCACACCAUCAUGAAGCUGGAGCUGGAGAAGAGCCGCGAACAGCAGAACUCCGGCGCUGUGGCUGGAAACGGAUUUCACAGCGAUCCAAUUGGACACUGCAGUCCGCUGGCGACAGGACAACACGCACUGGAGUACGCAAUCCCGGAUACAGUCCCACAGACCACCAUCAUGCACCUGCAGUCUGGAGACGACAUGGACGAGGUCUUGGAGGAAGAAGAAGAAGAAGAGGAGGAGGAUGAGGAUGAAGAAGAGGAAGAAGAUGAAGAGGAUGAUGAAGAUGACGAAGACGAUGAUGAUGAAGAUGAAGAUGAAAACAAAGACGACAGCAGCAGUUUGUGCAGCUUGUCCGAUUCCAGCACGCAGAGUUUGGCCAAUAGCGAUUCUGAAGAGGAAGAUGGGGAUGAGGAUGAAGAUAAGGUGGAGGAGUUUGAAACAGGAUUGGCCAAUAGCGAAGUGGCUCCGCCCCCUUCUGUGAUGCGUUACUCUGAGAAUACGAUCACGGCAGACAACCAAACAAACGGCAACUCCUACUUCAUCAACUCCACCGCAGAGUACUACUCCAUGGAGAAUGUUACUCCACCCGUACUUUUGGCCUCCAACCAAUCCAGUGAGACCUACAUAGGCGACACUGUGUCUUAUCAAGACAGGGUUAACGACUCAAAUAGGGUCAUGUCUCAGGGUCCCUUCAAUGUGACCGCUGACCAAUACGCGGACUAUACCCAGCAGCCUGACCAGCCAUAUGCUAAUCACCACUUGGCCGUGAUUGGCUGUUGCACUCCAGAGCCAGAGAAAAGCGUCCAAUCCAAAGGGAGCUUCCUCAGCCAAUCGGGAGAUAUGAACCAGAUGGAGUUUCAGAACUAUCUGAACAACAAUACACAGGAUACGGGCUACAAUGCCAAUGGGAACUGUUUUGUAGCUGAGCAGCCAAAGGAGAUGCCUCACAAUCUGCCUGACGUUUCGCUAGCGGACACCGCGAAAGCAACUACUUUACUGGAUGCUUUUCCCGAGCCCACUCCGGUUUAGAUUCAACAAGCGACAGGCAAGAGAGUAUAAAAGCAGCUUUCGAUUCUGCACAUCAAUGUUUAACGUUUUGAGCGGGGGGUGGGAGGGGGUGGUCCAAAAAGAUGUAUUUUUACUGAACUUUGCAAAGAACAAAAAACUGCAAACUCAAAGCGUAUGAUAAGCUUCAGGUUGGAGGCAUACUUUAGGCAAGUACGUCAUUGCAAAUGCUUCUAAUUUCGCUAAACAAAGGAUCUCAUAAUGACAUUUUUGUGUUAAUGCAAUCUAAAUAAAUGCUAAUUUGUGAAAACGGGAAUGAUGCGCACAUGCAUUAUGUAUUUCGUCUUUAGGCAUAGUGUUUCUUUUUUAAGUCACAACGCCAUCUACUGGCCUUACAUGCAGAAUGCAGCCUUUUCAGCCUGAUCUCACGAAGAAACGUAACUAUUUUAUGUUUCGUCAGUUUAGAGGCAAAUUCAUGAGAAUUUGUAUGAGUUCAGUCUUAUGAAAAUGUACGCUUUUAAAAGGGAGCCAUGGCACCCAACCCCACCCAUAAACCCAACCAUCAUUGGGGGAUGAGCAAAUCGUACUAAAUUGUACGAAUGAGAUCGCACGAUUUUAUACGAAUUAGCCACUGAAUCAAAAAGUUACUAAUUGUCGUGAGAUUGUGUUGGCCUUUUUAGUUAUUUUUGCAGAUUCAUGUGUACUUUAAUCAUCUGUUUAUGAAAGCGUUCAAAAAUGCAAAUAAAAAACGCCCAUUUUUAAUACACUGUCGCCAUGUAAACAUGAGCUUGAGUUUAGUCAUUUGCAUAAAACAUGGGGAUAUUCCAAAUAAGGCCUUAACCCACAACUUUUUACACUGUUAAUUUCACCUUUAAAAAAACAAACAAAAACAGCGCACGCUCCGUAAACAUACCAUCCUCCGAACCAGUUUAAUUUUUUAGUACAGCCAGAUUAAAAAUAGUUUUUCCCCUUAAAUUUAGCUUAAAUUAUUACAUUUAUUGUCGAAUGAUGAUUUGCUUUUAAAAACUUACGAGUUUGAAUGCUUAGUGACGCUGACCCAUAGUUUUGAUGGCAAAACUAAAAAAUAUCGCCCCCUUCAGGCAUGUUAUCACCAUAGCAGAUAUUUAAAAGGAUAGUCUUUUUUAAGUCGCCAUCUACUGGCCUGGCAUGCAGAAUGCAGCCUUUUUAGCCUGAUCUCACAAGAAAACGCAACUAUUUUAUGUUCUGUCAGUUUAGUUGCUAAUUUAGUACGAAUUCAUACAAGUUCAGUCAUACAAAAAUGUACAAUUUUUAAAAGGAGGCGUGGCACCCAACCCCGCCUCUAAACCAAACCGUCAUUAGGGGAUGAGCAAAUCAUACUAAAUUGUACAAAUGAAAGUACGAAUUCGUAUGAAUUAGCCAUUAAAUCAAAAAGUUACGAAUUGCCGUGAGAUUGUGUUGGCCUUUUCAGUUAUUUUCGCAAAUUCGUGUGUACUUUAAUCAUCUGUUUAUGAAAGCUUUCAAAAAUGCAAAUGAAAAACACCCAUUUUGCGCUUGAGUUUAGUCAUUUGCAUAAAACAUGUGGAAUUUCCAAAUAAGGUCUUAACCCUCAAAAUUUUUUUAACAGUUUUUUUUUUUCACCUUUAAAACAAACAAACAAAAACAGCGCAUGCUUUCUAAACAUACCGUUCUCCAAACCAGUUACAUUUUUUAGUACACCCAGAUUACAAAUAGUUUUUUCCCUUAAAUGUAGCUUAAAUUUUAUGCAAUUUAUUGGCAAAUGAUGGUUUGCUUAUAAAAACUUUCCUUUCACGAGUUUGAAUGCUUAGUGACGCUGACCCAUAGUUUUGAAUACAAAACUAAAAAAUAUUUCCCCCUUGAGGCUUGUUAUCACCAUAGCAGAUAUUUAAAGGGCCAGUUCACUCAGACAUAAAAACUGUGAUUUGCUCAGCUCAGUGUCAUUCAAAAAGAAUCUCCAAAUACCAUUUUUGUGUUAAUGUAAUCUACAAAAUUGCAAAUUUGCGCACAUGCAUUAUGUGUUUGGUCUAAAGGCAUGAGUGAGUACUUGACAACCAAAAUUAACAGUGGUGGACUACAGAAAAUCUUUUGCACAGCCAUACGGUGUUUCUUUUUAAAGUCGCCAUCUACUGGCCUGGCAUGCAGAAUGCAGCCUUUUUAGCCUGAUCUCACAAGGAAACGCAACUAUUUUACGUUUUGUCAGUUUAGUUGCUAAUUUGUACGAAUUCAUACAAGUUCAGUCGUACGAAAAUGUACAAUUUUUAAAAGGAGGCGUGGCACCCAACCCCGCCCCUAAACUCAACCGUCAUUGGGGGAUGAGCAAAUCAUACUAAAUUGAACGCCCAUUUUUAGUAAACUGUCGUCAUGUAAACAUGAGCUUGAGUUUAGUCAUUUGCAUAAAACAUGGGGAAUUUCCAAAUAAGGCUUUAACCCUCAACAUUUUACAAUGUUUAUUUCACCUUUAAAAAACAAACAAAAACAACACACGCUAUUCUAAACAUGCCGUCCUCCAAACUAGCUCAAAAACAUUUUUAGCACACCCAGGUUACAAACAGUUGUUAUAUUCUUACAUUUAACUUAAAUUGUAUUAUGUUAAAAAAUACAAUUGUAUUAAAUUGUAUUUAUUGAUGGAUGAUUGUUUUGUUUAAAAAUGUUCACAAGUGCAAAUGCUUAGUGACGCUGACCCAUAGUUUUAAAGGCAACAUAUCAAAAAAGGGAAUUAGUUACCGCCAUAGCAGAUAUUUAAAGAAACAGUUCACUCAGACAUCAAAACUGGGGUUUGCCCAGCACAAUGUCAUUCAAAGCCUAUGACGUUCUUUUUAAUGCGGGAUAUAAAAGAAGAUAUUUUUAAACUAAUAAACACUCAAAAGAUGUUUCUUGAAAACCUCGGGAAGCAUUUGCAUUUACCUACUGGAAUAAAGUAUAUUCCUGGCCUUAGGCUCGUGCAAUGUUUCUUGUAAUUUCAAAAGUUCUAGUUUUGAGCAGAAAUGUGGAUAGAACUUUUCUAUGUAUCUGUGUCAGUGGUGCAAAAAAAGAAAACAGAAAAAAGAUCAUUGCUGUUAGUGUUCUGAAGUAAGUGUAUAUCUAAAUGUUUGAUAAAAGCAUGUUUUCUUUUGUUUUUUUAAGCUCUCAUCGUUGGUUUAUGGUUUUGUAAGAGUUUGAUGUACUGUAAAAAGAGAAAAUAAUACUAUUGCGUUUUCGUACACAUUCUUCAUGCUUUUAAAGAGUUGCUGAAAGCAUGAAAACGGCUCUUAAAAUGUGUGCUGUUCAUUUGCCUUUGCUUACAAAACCAAAACCAUGAUAUUUAAGUUGUGAACACGAUACAUUUCCUCAAUAUAAUUGCACUUUUUUCCAUUGGCUGAAUUGUAACCAAUCGUUACCUGAGCACUGAAGGGGGGGCUGGGGGGCUACCUGGUACCGUGCCAUGACUAUGGCUGUGUUCGGAAUGGAAUACUUGCAUACUACUUUGUGAAUACUGGAUAGUAUGCACUCUAGGUACUACCUAAAUACCUCUUUAAUAUUUGGCAGUGGAAACAGUCGCUCAAAUUACUCAAAUGCACUGCACUUUUGGAUACAGUAUAGAAACACAUACACUCCCUGACAUAAGUCAUGUCGUGGUAAGAGCAACAAAUAAUAACUUGACUUCUGGUUGAUCAUUUGGAAAAGUGGCAGAAGGUCGAUUUUUCUGCUGAAUCAUCUGUUGAACUGCAUCUCAAUCAUCACAGAUAUUGCAGAAGACCUAUUGGAACCUGCAUGGACUCAAGAUUCUCACAGAAAUCAGUCAAGUUUGGUGAAGGAAAAAUCAUAGUUUGGGGUUACAUUCAGUAUUGGGGCGUGCAAGAGAUCUGCAGAGUGGAUGGUAACAUCAACAGCCUGAGGUAUCAAGACAUUUGUGCUGCCCAUUACAUUACAAACCACAGGAGAGGGCAAAUUCUUCAGCAGGAGAGCGCUCCUCAUACUUCAGCCUCCACAUCUAGGUUCCUGAAAGCAAAGAAGGUCAAGGUGCUCCAGGAUUGGCCAGCCCAGUCACCAGACAUGAACAUUAUUGAGAAUGUCUGGGGCAAGAUGAAAGAGGAGGCGUUGAAGAUGAAUCCAAAGAAUCUUGAUGACCUCUGGGAGUCCUGCAAGAACGCUUUCUUUGCCAUUCCAGAUGACUUUAUUAAUCAGUGAUUUGAGUCAUUGCAGAGAUGUAUGGAUGCAGUCCUCCAAGCUCAUGAUGGAGUCAGACACAAUAUUCAUUCUGUUUCCACUGCAGCAUGACUUUAUAUUCUAUACUAGAUAUUAUUUCUGUGACAGUGACAAGACUUUUGUCUAAGCAAAGUCAGACCUUACUGACCUAAUGAAAUAAUUAAAAAUCAAGGCAUGAUCAUAUUUUAUUUUGGUAAAAUAAGUGUAAUCUAGAGGCCUUUGCCUUUCAUAUAAGCCACUUCUGAUAUCAAAUGAUCAACUAGAAGUCAAGUUAUUAUUUACUGUUUCUAAAACUUGGAUAGGCGACAAGACUUUUGUCUGGUAGUGUAGUGCAUACUAGUAUGUUAGCAUGCUAUUCCGAACACAGCCUUAGAUUAUUUUUUAUAACCUAUCUCCAAGUUUGUAGGGCAUACGUGAAGGUUUUUAUUUUCCAUGACACUAACAAUGAAUUAAUCUAUUUGUGUUUGCUUGAAAAAGACCGAUAGGAGAUGGAAAGUUUUAACUUUUUUCCAGAAAGAUUUAACUUUUUAAGCCAGAUGAAAAUGCUCUUUGUCUUAUGAAACUCUUUGGGAUUAUACAGGGAUUUCUGAUGAAAUGCACUUUGACUGCGAGUUUAAAAAGUCUAACAUACGAAAGAACUAAUAUAAGCUGUGCGAUACUUUAAGUGUAUCACACAACUGAAAGUAUUGAAUGGAUGGGAACAGAAGUUUUCUCAAUUUAUAGCGAAAGGGAUAUUUUAUGGCAUGACGUGAGAAUAUUCUCUCAAUAUCUAUUUUGAGGGGGGGAAAUAACAGAAUAAUUAACAUCAUGAUUAUUUAAUUUAGAAAAUGAUGAGCUAUGACUGAACAAAUCAUUCUGAAGAGUAAUUUGUUAAGUGCAAUAGUUUAUGUGAAACGCUGAAAUAAUUUCGCAUCAGAUUUCCUACCAUUAUAAAGGGGGCGUUCACGCAGAAAUUAAAUUUAGCUCUAUUUGCUCACUCUCAUCGAUGUUGUUUGUGAUAAAAAUCUCUUUCAAAAGCACAGAUGGGGUGUGUAAAUAAAACCAGAGUAAUAACUUUGUGUGAAAUGCUACCUUAAAGCACUGACGAGUUUAUAGAAGCCGUUUUUAGCGCACAAACAUUAUGAUGCAUCUGUCAGUUUGUUUCUCCUCUUGAUGGAUCGAGAGUCAUUGUCCAAUCGAGAAUGUCCCUCAAUAAACUCAAGUCAGGACAAUCAAAUGCCUUUUACGUCAUCAACAUUGUAGCGUGAAUGAAAGAAGCGGAUCCUUAAAGGUGAAGGGUGUCAUUUAGCACUUCAUUGAUCUUAAAACUCUCUUUGAGCUGAACUGACAUGAGUUAUCAUCAAAAUAAGUGUCAUGCAACAAAAAAAUCUGAAUUAUGCAAAGUCGCGGUUAUGAGAAAACAGUGAUAUUUAUCAAACAAGGGAUUAAAUUGAAAUGAAAAAUAAGGAUUGUGACAUCAAAAGUUGAAAGUGACACAAUGUGAAAAUUCUGGUCAUUUCUUGACAGCAGGAACAUACAUUGAGAACAAUAUUUAAGUAGCAUUGUUAAGAUCUGGCUAGUUUACAUUUUCUAUUUAUAUAAAACGUUUAUUAACUUGCAAUGUCCCUAUCUUACAAGUAAAUCAUUUUAAACCUAAAA